GAGUCUAUAAAGCCCCCAGGCCUGAGGCCAAUGCACCGUCCCUGCACUGACUCUGAACAUGCAGCUCCAGAUCUUGCUCCUGCUCCCCAUGGCCUUUCUCCUGCCCCCCGGGGCUCAGGCUGGGGAGAUCAUUGGGGGCCGGGAAGCCAAACCACAUUCCCGCCCCUACAUGGCCUAUCUCCAGAGAAAAACCUGCAAGGGUGAAGAGAAGUGUGGGGGGUUCCUGGUGCGGGAGGAUUUUGUGCUGACAGCCGCCCACUGCGCUGAUGGGGACAUCACCGUGCUCCUCGGAGCCCACAACGUCCGUCGGGAGGAGGAGACCCAGCAACGAGUCUCUGUGCGGCGGAAGAUCCCCCAUCCCAGAUACAACAAGACGAGCAUCGAGAACGACCUGAUGCUGCUGCAGGGCGAUUCCGGGGGCCCCCUGGUGUGUGAUGAGGUUGCCCACGGCAUCGUCUCCUUUGGCAAGAAGAAUGGGUCCCCACCGAGGGUGUUCACCAGGAUCUCCGCAUACGUCCCCUGGAUCAAGAAAACAAUGAGGGGUCUCAGCAGCCCAGGGUCCUAUGCUGAAAGCCCUGCGUCCCUUCGUUGAAGGGGGCAGAAUUGGGUU